UUCUUUCAUUCACUGUAACUGUAAUAAAGAUAUAAUGCGGCUAUAGAAAUUUUUAAAAUUUCAAGUCGGUUUUAUUCAACUUUGUGAUUUAAUCGAAACGUUAACUUGUGUUCAUAUGUGUGAUAUCGAUAAUUAUUAACUUCGUGAUAUUUUCUGUGUUUAAACUUCGUAGAUAUAUAUCAUUAUAAAUCAGUGAUUGCAAACUUUGUGUGGCUUCUCGUAUCAUCAUGGAUAAAGUUGACAAAUUGUAUCAAAAUUACGAUAUUCUUGCCGAUCCGAAAAAUAAACCGUCUGAACAUGAAGCAGAAUAUUUAGAAAUCAUACAGUCUGUGAAAGGUGAAACGAAUGAAAAGAUGUUGGCUUGCCAGUUUAUUCCUCGCUUUUUGAAAGAUUUUCCACACUUACUUGAAACAGCUCUAGAUGCUCAAUUGGACUUAGUCGAAGAUGAGGAUAUAUCAAUACGCAAACAUGCUGUAAAAUAUUUGCCAAGUUUCUGUAAAGAUUCAAAAGAGUUUGUUGCUAAAAUAUCUGACGUUCUAACUCAGAUGCUGCAGUCUGAAGAUUCAGCAGAAUUAGCAACUAUACAAACGGCACUUAUGACUAUUAUGAAACUUGCUGUAAAAGAAACACUUCAAGGCAUUUUUAUUCAGAUCUCUCAGACAGAUGAAGAGGUUAUUCGCAAGCGUGCUAUCCAAUUUCUGUGUACGAAAUUCAAGUUUCUUCCACCAGAUCUUGCUACGAAAGAAGUUGAAGAAUUUGUUCUAGAAUCCUGCAAAAAAGUAUUUCCAGCGGUAAGUGGUGAAGAUUUUUUGAGUCUUAUGCCUCUGUUAUCAAAUCUGAAAAUUGCUAAAACCAUAUCCAUUCAACAAGCUCUAGUAAACAUAAUUGCUGACCAAGCAGAAUUUGAUGCUGAAUUUCAAGCUUCCCCAGAAAAUGUAGAAGGUUUCUUACAAUGUGUACGUCUUGCUGUUCCAUAUUUUACACCUUUUGUUAGCUCUACACAAUUUGUUAGUUACAUUUGCUUGUUUGUAAUGCCAAAAUUGGAUGAAAUUAAGCUUUUGGAAAAUGGAUCAGAAUUAAGUUUGGAAGUAAUCAAGACUUUAGCUGAAAUAUCGCCAUUUACCACACAGAAUGAGCAUACAAAUGAAUGCACUGAGGUUAUAUACCGAAUUUUGUUGGAUUAUAUCCCGUUACCACCUCCAACCGAUGCUGAAAAUGGUUCAAAAAUUGAAGAACCAAAUUUGCAGUUCACUCAUAUUGAGUGUUUAAUGUUUACCUUCACACAACUUCUAAAACAUAAUGCAGAAUUUUUAUCAGCUUCAGAAAAUUCUUCGCGUCUUAAGGAUCUGAAAGCACGACUUCAGUUUUUGGCUAGAGGUGUCCAAAAUGGUAUAAAAACUUUUAAAGAAUCUCUUGUUAGUAACAAGACAAAAGAAACAAAAGUUGAUGAAACAAAAUUAAAGGCUAUUGCAUUACGUACCAUGAACAAUAUAAAUUCACUCAUCAAAGAUUUAUUUCGUAGCCCUCCUACUUUUAAAACUAUAAUCACACUUUCUUGGAAACCUGUGACUGCUGUUUCUUCAAAGGUACCUAUAACUGCUGGCGUCAAACGUGAAUCAGAUGCAAAUAAUGAAGACAAGAAACAAGCUAAAAGAGAUGCAAAAGCCGGUAGAGAACUGUAUAUACCUCCUAGUGGGAAAUAUAGUACAAAUGUGAAUGCUUUUUCUCGUACUCGAGGCUCCAGUUAUUACCCAAGAGGAAGAGGGCGUAGAUUCUAUUAGACACAAAGAUUACAUCGCGCAAAAACUUAACCUGACAUCUUUUCCUCGGUACUGACUUUAAAUUAUAUUUGGAAUAUACGUUUUCUAUUGGUCUUCUGCGUUUCAAUUCAUAUCACCACUUGAUGUCAUAGAAUAAUAAAAAUGGUAAUAUUUGACAGUGCA